AUGGAUGUGUCUUUUGCUUCCUCAUCUUCUUCUACCUCUCCAAGAAACUUCAUCAAAGUCAACGCAGAGAUGAAGACUUGGUGUGUAGCUAAACCUUCUUCGGAUCAAGCAACACUUUUAGAAAACAUAAAUUACGCGUGUUCUCAUGUCGAUUCUCGCGUUCUUUCGAGUGGAUGUCCAUGUUUCUCUCCCGGUAAUCUCAUAAAUCAUGCUUCUAUAGCCAUGAAUCUUUAUUACCAAGCUAAUGGAAGAAACUUUUGGAACUGCAAUUUCAAGAACUCUGGACUUAUUGCUAGGCUACGGAAACUGCUACGAUGCAUACACAUGAGCAAGAAAACAGAGGAGCAUGUUUAA